AAUUGUGAUAAAGUAGUUUAUGGAAUUUCAUAUUCAAAAAAAUCAGGAUUGAUAGCUUCAGGACAUUCGGAUCGAGUAAUUAGGAUAUGGGACCCGAGAGCAACAGAUACAGCUAUUGUAAAAUUAACAUUAUCAUCACACAAAAAUUGGGUAACCAGUAUAUCAUGGUCAACAACAAAUUCAUUUAUGCUGGCUAGUGGAUCAUACGAUGGUACAAUAAAAAUUUGGGACAUUAGAAGCAAGACGCCACUAUAUACUCUCUCUAAACAACAAAGUGAUGAUAAAGGAAAGGAGAAAGAGAAUAUUAAAAUUAAAAAAGUCUUUAGUGUUGAUUGGGAUAAUGAUGUUAUUUUGAGUGGUGGUGAAGAUAAUCAGUUGCAUAUUUAUGGUACUAAAAAGAUUGUUCCUUCUGAGGAAACUUAUAUUCUUCAUAUUCACGCAUCAUAUAAUAAUACUUUAGUAACAUUAACAAACUCUCGUGGUGAUAUUUUAUUAACUAAAUCAGGUGGUAGUGUCGGUUUUAAGAAAGCUCAACGAGGGGGUUAUGAAGCUGCUCAUCAAACUGCUGCUGGAGUCAUUCAGAAAAUCAAAGAAAAAGGGUUAAAUGUCAAGAAUGUAGAAAUUUGUAUAAAAGGAUUUGGUCCAGGUAGAGAUGCUGCUUUUAAAGCUUUGGCUAAUGUAGAGAAUCAAUGGAAUGUUAAACGAAUUACCGAUACUACUCCUUUGCCUUUCAAUGGAUGUAGGCCAAGAAAAGCUAGAAGGUUAUAA